AUGGCUACACCGGACAGCUCACAGGAGAAUCAGGCGAUUGCGGGGAUCCCAUCAGCACUACCAGGGAUCAUGACAGCGACAGAGAAUGAAAACAAUGACAAGCAUAAAGACUACUAUCCCCAGAUUCCUAGCACUGGGAUCGUCGAGGAUCGGCCAUCCAAUAAACGGGAUGACGUCCAGCACUUGGGCGUCCCUCUUGCCAACAGCUUUCGACCCUCAACAGACUCACUCUACUCCGACCUCUCUGUGUAUUCUGGACGAAUAGUGAAUGCGCCGCGGUGCGAUGUGCCAUUGCUCCGCUCUCCCUCCCCCGCAGGGUCCGAGUUCGAAGCCCACUAUGUUACUCCGCCGACGACGUGGAGAGGCAUACUAUGGACGGCCUGGCUACAAUACAAGGGGAUGAUAAUGGUGAUGCUAUCUCAGUUUUUUGGUGCAUCCAUGAACGUCAUGACACGGCUUCUGGAGAUCGACGGCGCUCAUGGGAAGGGCAUGGAUCCCUUUCAGAUUCUUUUCGCCCGUAUGUCGAUAACGGCUAUAGCCAGCUAUGCGUACAUGUGGUACGCUAAGGUACCUCAUCCUCUGGGGACACGCGAAGUCCGCUGGCCGUUGGUCCUGCGUGCUUUUGGUGGGUUCUUCGGUGUGUUUGGCAUCUAUUAUGCGAUGCUGUACAUGCCGCUCUCGGAAGCAACAGUGCUAACCUUCCUGUCACCUAUCGUGGCUUGUUAUGCUUGCUCGUUUCUUAUGCCCAAUGAGCCCUUCACUCGAAAGCAACAGCUGGCGGGUAUCGUGUCGUUGCUAGGGGUUGUCUUGAUAGCACAGCCGUUUGGUCAGGGUUCGACAUCUGCCGAUGUUAGUCCUGACGAGGGCAAUAAUGCAUCUGCAGACACUGGGGAGCCGCAGCCCGUUGACGCGUACCACCACAUGCUAGCUGUUCUUGUUUCCCUGGUCGGGGUGCUAGGUGCGGCAUGCGCAUAUACCACGAUCCGCUGGAUCGGAACAAGAGCCCAUGCUCUCGUCAGCGUAACUUACUUCUCUACGUGGACAACAAUUGUGUCGGUUGUGGCUAUACUAGUCAUUCCGUCGACCAACUUCCGUUUACCGGGAAACAUGACAGAAUGGAUGCUUCUCCUAGGGCUGGGGGUCGCUGGAUUUGUUCUCCAAUUCCUUCUGACGGCCGGUCUGGCAUAUGUACCUCCUCCAAAGCCGGGACAGUCAGUCCGGGCUCAUAGUUCUUCUGGCCACGGGUCGCGCGCCACAUCAAUGGUAUACACGCAGAUGCUCUUCGCUCUGUUCUACGAUAAAGUGAUAUGGAACAGCACCCCGUCGGCAGCCAGCUGGGCGGGUUCAGGGUUGAUCCUGGGCAGUGCGAUCUAUGUCGCAGUCGCACGAGAAAACAACAGGAAGAUCGAAGUGGAACCUGUAUCAGAUACUAACCACGCUGAGGUUGCAAAGGACCCCGCGGACGAAGAACAGGGCGACCUCGAACGCGGAACGGUGUUCCUGCAAGGGCGUGUCGAGAAUGUUCAGCAUGAUGUCCGUCAACGCUGA